AGCUCUACCUUCCUCUUCAAGUCAAAAAAAAAAAAAAGGAAAAAUAUUUCUCUCUGAAGCUCCUCUGUGCUGCUCCGCUGUGCUACAUCGGCUGCUCUGCUCAAUAUCCCCGAGCUCUAACUGAUCCACUCCUUCCCUCUUCCUCUCUCGAAGAUAUCUUCUCUGCAGACGCCGCGACCCCCUUCAGCCUCUGCGGUCGCCGAGUCCUCGCCCCAGCGGAAGCGAAAAGAGAGGUGCUCAUUUCAUAUUAGGUCAAAAUGUCUCGACGAUACGAUAGCCGCACAACGAUCUUCUCCCCAGAAGGUCGGCUCUACCAGGUUGAGUAUGCGAUGGAGGCCAUCGGGAAUGCUGGCAGCGCGAUUGGCAUCCUCGCAAAGGAUGGGGUCAUCCUUGUCGGGGAGAAGAAGGUCACUUCCAAACUCCUCCAGACCUCAACUUCCACUGAGAAGAUGUACAAGAUCGAUGAUCACGUUGCAUGUGCUGUGGCCGGUAUUAUGUCCGAUGCUAACAUUCUGAUCAACACUGCCCGUGUCCAAGCCCAGCGUUACACUUAUGCCUAUCAGGAGCCGAUGCCUGUAGAGCAGCUAGUACAAUCCCUCUGCGACACCAAGCAGGGAUAUACCCAGUUCGGUGGUCUGCGCCCCUUUGGAGUCUCAUUCCUAUUUGCAGGGUGGGACAAGAACUUUGGCUUCCAGCUCUACAUGAGCGACCCAAGCGGGAACUACGGGGGGUGGAAAGCCGCUGCGAUUGGCGCGAACAACCAGGCGGCCCAAUCAAUCCUGAAGCAGGACUACAAGGACGACAUCUCAAGGGAGGAGGCCGUGCAGUUAGCGCUCAAGGUGCUCAGCAAGACCAUGGACAGCACCAGCCUCACCUCAGACAAGCUCGAGCUGGCAGAGAUCUUCCUGACACCUUCUGGGAGCGUGAAGUAUCAGGUCUGCUCGCCCGACUCCCUGAACAAGCUGCUGGUGAAGUUUGGAGUGACACAGCCUCCUGCUGAAGCUUGAACGACCCAUAGGACUUGGUAUUUCAUAUUUAUAAAUCUCUAUGUUAGGGAUGGUACAAACGGCUGCUUCUGGGCAUUGCAUUGGGAAAAUUGUGUUAAGUUGGUGGUACAUUUUAUGAACCCUUCGACUUGGUAAUGUUUGCUUGCUCUCUAGAUAUUGUCCUUUUUAUCGACUUGGUAGUUUAUGGCCC